CACAAUCAUUCUCUUUCGAAUAGUCGACGCGAACGGACGUUCAAAAUAGAAAUACAACAAGAAAACCGGUAAAAUCGUGGAUCGAAAGCAAGCGCGUGCGUGCAUGCUAAGCAAAAACAAAAAAAUAAAGAAGUUAACCGUUUCAGUUAACUACCAUACGAAGAUCGAAUUUCGCCAUCGGGCAAAUUACUUAAAAAUAAGUGCAACUUUGUGUCUUUUUUUUUCCUUCUUGCCUUUUAUCGCAGCCAAGAAAGAACUGAUAAAACGAGAAAAAUAUCUCGCGAAACUCGUUCUCGCUAAAGAUAUCUUGUGCAAAUUUGCCGAUCGCGGAAGGGAAAAAUAAGCAGAAGUGCAAAGAAAAUCUCCCUAUCCACACAAAGACUAUAUCAUCUUUGAAAAGAUCAUAGUCAUCCGGCCCGAGAGGUUUAUCUAUAUAGAUGCGGCAGCUUAUCAUCUGUUAGGGUGUUUUCAGUGUUUGUGUAUUAUAUAUACCUACAUACGAGUAUAUAGUGCGACAAAAGCUCGAUUGCCAACAGCUGUCGAGUGCCCUUGAGUGGGUGGGCAAGAUCGUCAUCAUCAGCAUUAUUAUUAUUAUUAUCAUCAGCAUCUGGAGGCCCCGGUUGCUAUAAGAUCUUAAAGCGUAGUGUUCAUCAAUUAUGACUGCCGAGACCCUUAAGCCGUUUAUAACGCCAACGAGUGCCAACGAUGAUUUUCCGGCCAAAGAUACCAGCACGGCAACCGCCCAGCGACGCACCCGCCAGCUGAUCCCCUUUGUCUUGGGGUUCAUCGGACUGGGCCUGGUUGUUGCCAUUCUCGCACUAACGAUCUGGCAGACUUCACGGGUCACGCAUCUGAACAAGGAGUUGAAGAGUCUGCGGCGAGUUGUUGAUAAUCUCCAACAGCGUUUGGGCAUUAACUAUCUGGAUGAGCUGGAUGAGUUCCAAAAGGAGUACGAGAAUGCUCUCAUCGACUAUCCCAAAAAGGUGGAUGGCCUCACGGAUGAGUCCGAGGACGAAGAUGAAGAUGAUGUUCUGGAUCCCAUUGAAUAUAAUGGAGAGGAUGAUGAAGACGAUGACGACGAAAGCUAUGACACCGAUUAUAAGGACUACGCCGAUAUGAUAAACAGACUUAACAAUGCACAGACUGGAACCACGCCUACAUCCGAGACUACAGUUGAGGGCGAGUCGGAUAGCACUUCCGCCGCCUCGAAUGAUGACAAUGUCUUCGAUGACUUUACUAGCUAUAAUGCCCACAAAAAGAAGCAUGAAAGAAAAUCUCGUUCGAUUAUCGAUGCUCAUCUAGAACAGCAGAAUAUUCAGGGAAAUCACACAGAGCUGCAGGAAAAGUCAUCCAAUGAGGCCACUUCAAAGGAGGGUUCCACUCCACUCCACCAUCGUCGCCGGAUGCAUUCCCGUCAUCACAAAUUCCUGGUCCGCAAAGGUGAAUCUCUUAUUUCAGCCAGAUCCGAUGACUCCAAGCCGGCAGCCCAUUUCCAUCUGAGCAGCCGAAGGCGUCACCAAGGAAGUAUGGGUUACCAUGGAGAUAUGUAUAUUGGAAAUGAUAAUGAGAAAAACUCCUAUCAAGGACAUUUCCUGGCCCGCGAUGGCGUUUUAACAGUGAUUAAUCCUGGCCUAUAUUACGUAUACGCCCAGAUAUGCUACAAUAAUUCGCACGACCAGAAUGGAUUCAUUGUCUUCCAAGGAGACACACCAUUCCUGCAGUGCUUGAAUACGGUGCCCACUAAUAUGCCCAAUAAGGUGCACACCUGUCACACCAGUGGACUGAUCCAUCUGGAACGAAAUGAAAGGAUCCAUCUGAAGGACAUUCACAACGAUCGGAAUGCCGUGUUGCGGGAGGCGAACAACCGUAGCUACUUUGGCAUCUUCAAGGUGUAAAAUGAAGAGAUUAUUUCUAAUCAGAAGAUGGAUGAAUACCAGCUCGUGAAUGCGAUUCAUUGCCAGCGUGGAUCCAUUAGUUCGUAGUACCUAGUCUUAGUCACUCAUAAACCUAAUCUCAAACUGAAUCACGCAAUCACUGCAACGAUGUGGCAGAAUUCGCACAAAAAUCAUAUUUAUUUUGUAUAUACUCCUUCGACUUUAAUUGUACGACGAAAAAGUGAAUAAAAUUAUAGUUUAACUUUA